AAAUUGACUAGUUCCAACAUAAACAUAACCUCCAAAUCGUUACUCCUAGCAAUUGUAAAUAAUGUUGAAUCUGUUGUGUCGCAAAAAGGCAGCGAAUGUAAUAAGUUUAGUAUCGAAACGAUUUUUAAGUAAAAGUUCACCGAUGGCGAACAGUAAAUUUGACUAUGUUCGGAAUUUCGAAAAGAACGAUGCCAUUCUGCCGAAUUGUUGGAUUGUCGUGCGCAUUGACGGCAAAGCAUUUCAUAAAUUUACAAAAAAGCAUGAUUUCGCUAAACCCAAUGAUGACAAUGGUUUAAAUCUGAUGAGUUAUGCGGCGGUACAGGUGAUGAAGGAGUUCAAUGAGAUUGUAAUCGCUUUCGGUCAAAGUGACGAGUAUUCCUUCGUUCUUCACAAGACAGCUGAGGUGUAUAACCGAAGGGAAAGUAAAAUUUUGACGUGUAUCAAUAGUUUAUUCACAUCUUCCUAUGUAUUCUACUGGAAUACUUUCUGUGAGCCGAAAAAAUUACUCUAUCCACCGAGUUUUGAUGCACGAGUCGUUUUGUAUCCCAGCGAUGAGGAUAUGCGUAAUUACCUCAGUUGGCGGCAGGCCGACACCCAUAUCAACAAUCUAUACAAUACAGUUUUUUGGAAAUUGGUCCUUGAAGGUGGUCGAACCAACGUUGAAGCACAAGAAGACCUUUCCGGAACGUUUUCAGCCGAUAAAAAUGAGAUUCUGUUUUCACGUUUCGGCAUAAAUUAUAAUAAUCUUCCUCAAAUGUAUCGAAAAGGAACGAUUCUACUGCGAAAAAAUGUUGAAGUUCCGAAAUUAGAUGGAAAACGAACUCAAGCGAUUGUUCCGUUUUUCGUCGAUUUAAUAAAGGAUCAAUUUUGGAACGAACACGCCGAAGUGUUGACAAGAGAUCGACCACAAGACUAUAAAUUAGACGAAGAACAAUUGAUGCAUCCGCUGAUGCAAAAACAGUUUGAUAUUGUUUGUAAGCGAAAAAAUAACAAUAAAAACACGGAACAAAAUUCUCCAUAGACAAAAUAA